AUGUCGAGAGCCAGACAGGAUUACAUCGCUAGAAUCAGGUACCAAAAUGACUUGCCUCCUCCUCCCUGUCCCCCCAAACUCAUCAAGUAUGAUAACAACCCAGACAUAUUAUCCAGCAAGUCUUUGAUCAAUUCCAACCACUUGCUAUCCAAUUUAUUUAGAAAAAAUCCCUUCAAUGACUUGAUUCCCUUUGACUCCAAUCUUGGGAUGCCCCUAGAUGUAUCUGCUUUACCCGGUAUUUUUGAUGGUUCGAAUAUUCCCCAAAAUUUUAUUAACCCAUUAAAUGAUUCAACAAAAUUUCCAUCUCUUUAUCCCUUAUUCCAAGUCAAUGAGCAAGACAUAAUUAAUAAAAACAAUAAUGCUGGAAAUAACGAAAAUGAUUUCAGUUUUGACUACAAUAACAAUAACAAUAGCACUAUUCCAUUACACCCAAAUGAUAAGUUAUUGUUACGAGAUCCCAAUUUACUUAGUAAUCAAAAUAAAGCAAUUGAUAACCCAGUGAGUUUCUUAAGAAGAACCGAAUAUGUUGCUAAUUUCGAUAACGAAAAUGAUAAAAAAUCGUUUUCAAACUCAGUCAAGGAUAAAAAUAAACUCGAUAAAAUAAACAAAAUUAAUAGACUAAACAAUUUUAACAACAUUAGCGGAAAUAAUAUUUUUAUUAAACGAUCAAAUGAUUAUGCGGUCAAUAAAAAAUACAAACAACUGAAACCCUUGAAUUCAUAUCAGAAAAAACUCAAAAUUGAUCAACUAAUCGAUGACGAUUUAUCCAAAACUGAUCCUCAUUCAAUCCUAUCAUCUGUUGAAGAUACUUUUGAUAACAAUAAGGACGAUUUACUAAAAAUUAAACAUCCUGUCAAAAAACAUUUAAAGGUUAAAAAAAUUUAUGAAUUAUUACCUGAUAUUCAAAUGUUAGAUCAAUCUUUUAUUCAACUUAAAUUUAUCGGUUCUUCCUCAAUUGUAAGAUCAAAAAUUCAGGAUUUAAGAUUUAGUAAUAUUAACAAUAUCGAUAUUAAAAACUAUAGAGCCCAAGAUGACCCAACAUUGUUAACCUCAAUUUUUAAAUCAAUUACAAUGGAAUCUGGCCCAGAAUGGUUAUCAUUAUUACAAAUCGAUAACAUUAAUGAAGCAUCAAAAUUAAAUAAGCUUUUAUCCUCAAAAGGUGGUAAUAUUAACAAUUCCGAUGAUUCUGAUAAAGAAAUUAAUAAUAAUUUGAAAACUUUCAAAUUCAAUAGAGUUAGGGAUUAUGAUUUAUUCAAUUAUGAAAAUAAAUCUAAAAAUCUCAACAAUUUAAAAUCUUUCAAAUUAUCCUUCUCUGAAGAGGAUAACAAAGCCUAUUUCAUCCCAAUUUCUUCAAAAAUUGAUUUGAAAAAAAGAAGAAUAGAUUAUAAUAACAUUAAUCUAACUAACGCUGUAAAUAUCGAUCAAAUAAAUUUAUCAAUAAGAGAUCCAACUAGUGUGGAAUUAGAAGAAAGAGAUCGUGAAAAGGCAGUAUACGAUAAAUGUUUUGAUAUAACUGAUGAUCUUAAAAAUAAUGAUCUUCAAAAUGAAGAUGUAACUCAUGAUUUCACUACCGAAAUAAAUGAUAAUAUUAAUGAUGAUACUCAAAUUUCUCAAGAUGACCAACACCAUGAAUAUCAAGACGAUGAAGAACUUGAAAGUGAAGUUUCUGAAUAG